GCUGUCUCUAAGCGCGCGGAGCAUUCAAAGUCUGUUUAUGUCGACAGAUCUUCACAAACCCUGAUACUGCACGCAUGCAACUACACCCCUUCUACUCUUACCGAAAGGAAAAUCGGCAACUAAAGACGGCACGACUAGAAUUAGAGACAACUGGACCUCCAUGACCGAGGUAGCCUAAUAUUGAUGAAGACAGGCACGCGCACAGGUUAAGCCCUUUGCACCGGUGACAACCCCAGCUUCAACCUGCAUCUCCGCGCAACAUCCUCCUCACUGGAUUCGGCAAUCUGUUGCUGCAAACAAAGUUUCUGAUUGCAGUUUAUUUAGAUUUUUGAUUUGUUAGUUAGUUUUGGACAAGCUCUUUAAACAGAUUAGAGCUGGAUUUAUUUGGACCACAAGUGUGGAGCAUCAUUUUUUGUCCUUUAUUUACUGUGUUUUAUUCAUCCUUGUACCGCAGGAGAGGAGAUCAGCUGCUAUGAUCAACAUGGAAAACAAUGAAUCAGACCAGGGCUGUGAGUCACCUGUGUGCGCGGGCUGUGGCGCGCUGAUCUCAGAUCGCUUCUACCUGCUCGCGGCAGACAGACGGUGGCACGAGCGCUGUUUGAAAUGUAGCGCGUGUCACGCUGACCUGGAGUCAGAGCUUACUUGCUUUAGUAAACAUGGAGACAUUUACUGUAAGGAGGACUAUUACAGUAGGUUUUCUUUGCAAAGAUGUGCACGGUGUCACCUGGGAAUCUCUGCUGCAGAGAUAGUGAUGCGCGCCAGGGAUCUGGUGUACCACUUGAGCUGUUUCUCCUGUGCCACCUGCGACAAAGUGCUGUUCACUGGAGAUCACUAUGGGAUGAGAGAGACGUCAGUGUACUGUCGGGUACAUUUCGAGAUGAUGCUACAGAGGGAAUGUCAUACAGAUUUGUAUUAUUCAGACAUGUCUCCAGUAGAGCCAAACUAUGAGAACAGCACAUACAAUGAAGGGACCCCUGUGCGCAGAGGACGGGCCCGGAAGAGGAAACAUUUUCAUGCAACUGACCAUGGUACUUAUAACUCAGAUGUGAGCGAUAUGGGUGUGGACCUCUCGGAGAGAGUGAGCUGUCAAAAGUCCAAACGCAUGAGAACGUCGUUCAAGCAUCACCAGCUGCGGAGCAUGCAGUCCUUUUUCACCCACAACCACAAUCCAGAUGCCAAAGACCUCAAAGAGCUUGCCCAGAAAACCGGGCUCACCAAACGUGUGCUCCAGGUUUGGUUCCAGAAUGCCCGUGCAAAAUUCAGGAGAAACUGUCUAUAUCAGGAGAGUGUGGGAGUGGACAAUGUUUCUGACAAUUCCACCAUCACGUCCCCAUCGGUGCCUUCACCCGAGCUGUCCCACGAAUCCUUGAGCCCGUCCAGCCCCACCGACACUUCUUCAUCUCAACACACACACACAUCCACAACACAAAACACAACAGCAUUAGCCAUUCACAAUGUACACUCCCCAAUGUCUUCAGAGUUCCUCUACCAGUAAUUUUUGAUUAUUGUUAGACUAUAUUAUUUUUUAAAGUUAGUGUAUUCUUUAGGUAUUAUUCAUUAACUGAAGGAAAGUGAAAGUCUUGUGGGUUCUUUGAAGCACCAACACACAGUAAAAGAGAAGCCACUUCCAAAAUUAUGUCUACAGCUGUCAUGCCGUUUCAAUAUGGCUACGUUCCGGAAUGGAAUACUAGCAUAGUACAUAGUACAUAGUAUGUACUGCAUCCUGCAUAUUAUAUACAGUUUACAACCUGUUACAUUUUAAAAAAUAGUUUGUUAAUAUGCAAUUUGCAAGUAUGAAUGUUUCAAACAGUUGCAUGUUUAAUUGUUGUCACAUGAAAUCGUUUUGUAUGUCAGCAAGUUACAUAUGACUUUGAAAAUAAAAGUUAUUUAGCAUUUUUUUAUUCAA